CUCAAAAAUACUGCAUAUUAUGUCACGUCAAAGUGUUAUACAUUAUCUUAUCACCGUUAUUUGUUCAUGUUUGGAUAGUUGAGCUUGUUUUUGUUCUGUUUGUGGCUUAAAUGAUUUAAUUUCUAAUAUAAUACGAUAUAACCUGUAUGACGUCACAUUCGCAUUCUCAGCACUCCAGAAAACCAAAAUGGACGCCUCCUGUGAGGUGUUUGUUUUGUUUUUGCUACCUCCUAAAAGACAGUCGUCCUUGAAAUUAUCAUGAAACCUAACACGAAAACGGUCUUAGAAAGGAUCAACUUCAUUCAAGGUCUUUUUGCCCCCUUGAAAAAGACUUUAACCAAAAUGCCCAUCCAGCGUGUGCCACUGGUUUUAUUAGCCUGCGGAUCCUUCAAUCCCAUCACCAACCAGCACAUGAGGUUGUUUGAAUUGGCCAGGGACCACAUGCACAGCACAGGCCAUUACCAAGUGGUGGGUGGCAUCGUUUCACCUGUGAGUGACAGCUAUGGCAAACAAGGCCUGGUGCUGGCAAAGCACAGAAUUGCCAUGGCCAAAUUGGCGCUUCAAAGCUCCAACUGGGUCAAAGUCGACGAAUGGGAGAGCCAGCAGCCCGACUGGACUGAAACUGUGGUCACUAUGAGGUAUCACUAUGGUCGUAUUUUAAAGGAGUAUGAACAGAGGAUGCAUGAAGACUCCAUUGGAAGCAGUAGUUCCUCCCAAAGCACACCCCCACAGUUGAAGUUGCUCUGCGGAGCCGAUUUCCUGGACACCUUCAAGAUUCCGGGACUGUGGCGCGACGACCACAUUCAGGAAGUGGUCGGCCGUUUCGGCCUGGUGUGCGUUAGUCGAGGGGGGCUGCAACCCGAGCGGCUCGUGCACGAGUCGGACGCCCUUUGGUGCCACCGACAAAACAUCUUUCAAGUGAAAGAGUGGGUCAGGAACGAGACCAGCGCAACAGAGGUCCGACGGGCUCUGAGACGGGGAAUGAGCGUCAAAUACCUGAUCUCGGACUCUGUGAUAGAAUACAUUAAGCAGCACAACCUCUACACUGAAGACAGCGAGAGGAGAAAUGAGGGCACAACUCUCAGGCCGCUCGCCAAACAAGCUCAGCGGCCGCCGGAGAGUCUGGACGACUGACUGUGAUCGAUGAUGGGUUUAGUUCCAUUUCAGCUGAUGAAGCACUCGACAUUCUGGCAUCUUGAGUGGCCCUUCUUAUGAGAGAAUGUUCCGGCGGAGAAUCUGGAUGAGCGACAAGAGUGAGCUACUAAUGCACGCCCUUGAUGUAUAAAUUCAGCUCCAGAUCAAUGCGUUUCAUAUUGGGUCAGGGGGUUUAGUUUACACUGUGGUGAAGAUUUGUACUUCAACAGUACUAUUGAUGUUGGACUUUCAGGUGUUUCGCUGAGAACAUCCUCACCAGCUUUUGAUCUACUUCUGUUUCCAGUUUGUCAUUAAAAUCAUGUAUUUUUGGAACAGUA